AGACGCUGCGAGGGAGGGGCGAGCACUAAUCAAAACUGCAGGGGCACCGCCGUGCACGAUCCCACGUGCACUCAGAGGAGCAGAAAAACCGGGAUGGAGGCGAGGGUUGAAGACGAUCACCAAACAGACCCAGGAGACAUUCAGCAUUUUCAAAAGCAUGUGUUCAGGUGCAAGAAACCGUGGCGAGGAAACGAGAAGUGGCAGGUGAAAGCCGCCUGUUCGCAGCCUGACAGUCUCUGUCCCUGCGCCGCCAACAGGAAAAAAGGUCGAAAGCCCCCUCACCAGACUCAUCAGUGGCUCCCAUCUCCACCCUGACAAGGCUCCCUUUCCAUGUGUCAUCGCACUGAAAGGAAAAGUCACCUUCUUUCCUUUUAAUGAAUUCUUUCAUAAUGUAAAAAAUCUGGACGUAACAAAAGAGACUCUCCUUUUUAUUCUUUAAUGGAACCUCCCCUUGGUUUGCGACGAAGAGCCAGAAAAGACUCCAUAUAUCGGUUCUUUUAUUAUUCAUGGUGGACAGCUCCGGCUUUUGGAUGAGGUAAGAGUGGCAGUAAUGGAAGUUAAGGCAAAAUGUAGUUCUCCUUUUUAUUACUUUGGGGAGAAAAUUUGCUUUGAUUUGCUUUGAUCCUUUUUUUCUUAAAUGGAGGGGAAAAAGCAACACAGAAAGCCCAGUUUUAAUCCAUAAGAUUUUAUCCUUACAGGGCAAAGUUUGUAUUUAUGAAACACAUUGAAAGACUUUAGCCUGGUUUAGCUGAUCAUACAUGGUGAGUUUUGGCAUUUGUCUUGAAUCAAUGUAGAAAACAACUCCAGAUUACUUCUCUUUCAUUUAUUAUUUUGUGGUUUCUCAGUAAACAUCUUAAAACUGUAAAAAAAAAAAAGUCACUGAGAACUUUUCCAGAUACCAUAUAGGAGGUAAAAUCUGCAGGACCCCACCCUUUGUAUAGAAGAGCCAGAUAUACAUUACACAAAACUGGAUGACAAGAGUAGAUUUUAAAGAAAUGUAAGCAUUUCCAUGUGUUUUUUUUUGCAAUGUCAAACACAGCUGGUUUCUCUUAAAUUAUGGUCUACAGUUAGUUUACUUCAUUCUCAACCCACACGGCCUUGCUGCAGUGUUUAAAGUGUUUUUUUUUCCAUUUUGUGGGACAUAGUUAGGCUUUUGCUUUCGGCCCCAGUCAUUCGCAGCACUAACCCACUCUGAGUGGGCUUAGGCCUGAAGUGGACGCUAUAUCUAUACAAACUCCAUCAAUUAUGACGAUGGGCUGUAUACAAAAAGUGAGACGGACACUCAUCGGCGCUGACCAGCUGCUACAUAAGGGCCCCUGCUGUCGCCACGCACUUAAGGGCUAAAUUUUGUUUCCCCGAUUGCUACCA